AUGUCCGGAUCUAAAGCUAGAGGAAUCAAGCCACCUAAUAUUUUAAUUUAUUCUGGCCAUGAUGAUAGUUCUGUCUCUAGAUUUUCUCAAGUGAAUGAUCUUAUCAGACAUUGUAUAAACCAAGAGACUUACACAGUUUACCAUUUAAAACACGAGCACCUGUUUAAAACACCGUGGCAGGACAACACCGCCUUGUUGAUCCUUUCACGUGCCGAAGCAACACCGGAAGUCGACGAUGUUUUCUACGCCUUUCUCAAACAGAAGGCCAAUGUUUUAAGUUUCCAAUCUUCAUUUGAGCGCAAAUUCGUAGAUGUGAAAAAGUGCAAGGUACCAACGCCGAUCAUUCAGUUAUCUUAUAAAGAAUGGAGGGAUGUGAAUCUUUUAUCGUCUGGUAGAACGUAUGGUAGGAGCGAAACAGUAUCACCAGAAGGAACGGACUUUGUUGGAUUCGGAACCUCCAAAGAUGACGCAUUAAUUGGGAAAGUUUCCUUUGGUGGAAAUAAAGCCAUCUUAUGUCAAGCAUCUUUAGACAAUGAUUUGUCAAAUGAAAAUUUGAAUCAAUCUCAAUUUUCCACGUUGAAAGAAUCAAAUUCUUCAAAGUUGGCCGUACUUACGGACCUGUUAAGAGUUCUCGGAGUAGAUUGCAGUGCGGGUGAUCCUCCAAAACUAACACCAGCAUACUUGUUAGCUUCAGACGAUGAACAGAUAAGGGAAUUCUUGGAAAGCUUUUCCAGAAAGUUAAAAGACAACUGUUUAAAAA